AUGGCUGUACGGAACACGCGCCCAGGGGGGCUACUGAUGGUAGCACCACCUUGCGCAACUUGGGUGUUUCUCUGCUCUGCGGUGACAGGCCGCUCUUGGAGCAACCCUGGUGGCAAUUCCCAACGAUGUGUUGAACUUGCCAACAUCUUGGUUCUACGACUUAUAUAUAUAUUGUUCUAUGCUGUGAAGCGCAAUGUGAAGAUUCUCAUCGAACAGCCGCAGUCAUCAGUCAUGUGGAUGUGGCGACCUGUCCGCAAAUUCCUCCAUUGGGCUGGGUGCAGGACAGAAUGCUAUAGCUUCCUCUUGGCCAGUGCCUGCGAACUCAACAUGGAAUCAUGCGACUUAUGGCAUACAUGGUAG